AUGAUGCCGCAUGCGAUUCUGGGCUACCAGCUCCCCCUUCGUGCUGGAGGUGGCGGCCAGCCCUCAGAGGCUGCCACAGAUUUCGCCCUGGAGCCUUUCUCCGACUCCGUUCUUUCGCAUCUCGUUUCGGCCGGAAAAGAUGUCUCGUCACAAGAUAGGGAAAAGUUCACCGAUGAGAUGUCCUUCUUGACAUACAUGGCGUCGGGCAAGUCAAAUGCAGUGUCAGCCCCGAUGGGCAAUGAUCUGAACUAUCCCAUGUCCUCUUAUUUCAUAAGCUCCAGUCAUAACACGUACCUGUCCGGCCACCAGCUCUAUGGCGAUGCCUCUGUGUAUGCCUACACCAAUGUUCUCAAGCGCCGGUGCAGGUGUUUGGAGAUAGACGUGUGGGAUGGCGAAAGCGACCCUGAACCCAGCAGCUCAGAUGACGACGAGGAUAAGUUUGAUAAGUCGGAGCCAAAGCCUUCCCACUGGGAUAGGGUCAAAGCUCGCGCAGCUCGCAUGCGCUCAAGCUCUCGGUCAGAAUCCCUAGCCGCCAGCGCGAACAACACCGUGUCCGCUCAGCACUCUCAUCCGCCCGGGGCUCAAACCGCAGACGUGCCAGAAGGGACUGCCGACGUGGGCUCUCCACAGAAACCAGAGUCGUCCUCGCUUGACUCGAACCGUCUUUCACCGCAUCGGUCCCCCUCACUCUCCAACAAGAGGGAGCCGCGAGUCCUCCAUGGCUACACGCUGACUCACCCUAUCACUUUCCGCGCCGUCUGCCAUGCUAUCAGAGAUUCGGCAUUCGUAAGCACGGAGCUACCAUUGAUCGUAUCCCUAGAAGUGCACGCUUCCCUGGCCCAGCAAGAGGUCAUGGUCGAGAUUAUGCGCGAUGUCUGGGCCGAGUUCCUAGUGGACCUACCAAAAGGCACGGACGUUUCCGCGCUUCCUUCGCCAGAGUCACUCCGGAGAAAGAUAUUGAUAAAAGUCAAGUGGGUUCCGGACUCUCAGACGGGAGAGUCCAAUGACCCGAUUGAGCAUGUGAGCUCAAGCUCCACUGAUGGAGCGGGGACCGAUUCUAUAGCGACCUCUCCAGAGAAACGAAAGAAGGCCUCGAAAGUUCUGGCUGCGCUCUCCGAACUAGGCAUAUAUACUCGGGGCUAUACGUUCAAGCAUUUCUCACAGCCCGAAGCUACUAUCCCCACACACGUUUUCAGUCUGUCCGAGAAGAAAGUCCGUAACCUGCAUGACGACCCGUCCCACGGUCCCGCCUUGUUCAAGCACAACCAAAACUUUCUAAUGCGCGUGUUUCCCAGAGGGACCAGGAUUAACAGCUCAAACGUCGAUCCGAUCUUCCAUUGGAGACAGGGAGCACAAAUGGUGGCCUUGAAUUGGCAGAAGCUGGACAAGGGAAUGAUGCUCAACGAGGGAAUGUUUGCGGGGACCGGAGGAUGGAUUCUCAAGCCGGAAGGCUACCGCAGUACUGCAACAGCUGGAUCCGCCAACUCACACAAGGAAGUGGAUACCAAAAGGCAACGGCUAGAUCUAGAAAUCCGACUGCUUGCCGCGCAGAGGCUGCCCGUCCCGGCCGACAAAGAUCUCUCGUAUGGUCCCAGAAUGAAACCAUACGUCAAAAUGCAACUACACGUCGAUUCACUUUGCACUCCUGACCGCAGCAAAGAUUCGGACCGGUUGGGCGAAGCCAAAGACGAAGUCGAACCCCGUGGCGGUGAAGAUGUCGACUCCAGCUCUUUCAAACGCAGGUCUGCCGAUUCCCGUACCGAUUCUCCUGAUUUCCGAGGGGAGGUAAUGAGCUGGCUGGGUAUGUCAGAUGUCCUCCAAGAAUUGAGCUUCAUUCGACUAAAAGUUAUGGACGACCGCUCGAUGGGCAAAGACAACCUAUUGGCAUGGGCCUGCAUUCGACUCGACCGCCUCCAGCAAGGGUAUCGAUUCAUCCACUUGCUCGAUUCGUCCGGCUACCCAUCACGCGGUGCAUUGCUUGUUCAAGUGUCUAAGCGCACGACUUGA